UUUAAUGAUACUUGUAUUAGCUGCUUGUGAUACGUUAAUUGUAAUUCUGCUAUGAGUCUCCUUUUCCCCUUUUCUUACUUCCCUUUGUCAAAAAGUGGAAUAAAAUUCAAAUAAAAAUACGUCUUUUGUGAAAGACAAAUGUGAAUAUGGAGUUUGCACGAAUUCUAUCUGAGAGAUAUUCCGAAAAAUUGCUUUCCAAUACAAUCGCACAGUUAAUUGCUGCUGCCUUUGGAAUAUUCGGAAACUCUGUUGUUAUUUUGGUGUACUUUAGAUAUAUACAGGACAAAACGUCUUCUCGGUUUUUCAUUCCAAUUCUGGCAAUUGUGGAUCUUGCAGGAUGCAUUUCAAAUGUGACUCAAUUUCACAUUGACAACACUAUGCGUUACAUAUACCCUGGCGAGAAUUUAUGUAAAACAUUAUGUUUUUUAAUCAUUCUAACAGGGGGGAUGUCGGCGCACUUAAUAUUUGCGAUCGCCUUGCAAAGGUAUUUAAUCAUCUGUCGUCCGUUUGGUCCGCAAAUGUCUACAAAAUCAUGCAAAAUUGCUACAUUAAUUAUAUUUCUAAUAUCGGUUGGGUAUUCCGCUCCAAUUUUGAAAUUAAGUGGAAUAUAUAGACCCUCUUCAUUAAAUAUGUGUCAUUUUGACGAUGGCACCAACGGAAGUAGUGUAAUGAUCCCGUAUUUUGGAACUUUUCUCAUUCUCUCUUUUAUCAAUAUCAUUGUCACUUCCGCUCUGUACAUUCCUGUGAUCAAGACUAUCUAUAAAACGCUGCCCACUCCCAAACGAAAUCGAGUAAGUAUUAUUCCAGACGAUAACACCGAUAUCUCAUCUAAAGAAACACAGGAUCUUAGUGCUGAAAAAAUAACAAAGGCGGAUUCACCACAAAAUAUUGUGCGAACUCCUCAAAAGGAACCCACGAACACCUUAACAACGGACGGAAACCGGGAACAAAGAGCGCGGAGGAAUAUCAGCAUCAUGUUUCUCGUCAUCAUAAUUGUCUACGUAGUUUCGUAUCUGACGUCAUUGGUUACGCAGGUCUACACUUUCGUGAACCCCACAAUGAACUUGAGAGGGUUUAAAUUAAACGUGUACUAUUUCUGUCUCCGCUUCAACCUUCUUAAUCACAUUGCUAAUCCAUACAUUUAUUGGUUUUUUGACAAAAAAUUCAGAAAUGAACUUCGAAAGUUUUGCUGCGAGAAACUCUUCAGAAGAUAUUCCUAUUCAUUGUAAAUUUUUUGUGUACAAUUCUACAAAAUGGAGGAAUUGAUGAUUUUAAGAUUUGUUUUUCUAUAACAUUUGAUGUUCAAUACUUGAUUCCACCUCUGAUGCUCUGGAGGUCCAUUUUUGUUCUGCUCUUAUUUUGUAUUGCUUUAUGGAUUUUUGAUCUUGUAUACUGAUCUUGGACGUUUCCAUAUGUUUCAUUUUAAAGAUUAUAUUUAUUAAAUAUCAUUUUGUAUUACAUAUACGCCUGUUCUAUCCUUUCUUUGUAUUUGCAAUAAAUAUUUUAAAAUUUAGAAUAUGUAGCAAUAUAAAUAACAAGAGGCCCAUGGG